CGCGGAAAGCAUUUGUCCGUGACUACCUCGGUCACCGGAAGUGGAAAAAGGAAGAAGAGCAGGAUGCCGGGCGAGAUGCGCGCGCAGCCCUUAGGCACCGCAUACGGUGGUAGCACGAUGCAACCGGACGAGGAGAUUCAGUACGCGCCAAGGAGCCGUCCUGUUAGCUUUUACGAUAAUUUUAAGGACGUGUCGAUGGUGGCACCUUGCGUGACUUCCGCCCUGAGCGCGGACAAUUUGAGCCAGGCUCGUGACAACGGUGUUAACGCGUCGAUGGCCGCUACAAACAACAACAACAAUAGAGUAAACAGCGCGGUCAGCGCUGGUAACGUGUCGAAGAUCCAUAGCGUGAAAGUCACAGGUGCAGUGUCGACGGGACAUAUCGGUCGGAUCUAUCGACCGGAAAAGGACAAAGAACUCGGUCGUGCCCCGUCGAUGGCCAAUUGUCUGUCGACCACGGUUCCCGUUAAUCUGGCUGCUUCGCAGAUCGCUGGCCGACACACGCCCACGAGGAACUCCCUCAGGCACAGCAGGAUGAUUGUGUUGCACCGUAGCGGUCAUCGACCACAGAAGUUUUUACCGCCGUUGGUCUACCACUGGCGACUAGGACGAUGUUUAGCCGCGCUGCAAACGAUCCUCGGUGUUGCGGUCACAGCGCUUUCGUUAUGGCUUUUACUCUGGGCACCCCAUCUACCUGUCGUCGAUAAUCCUUAUUGGAGUGGAAUGCCAUUGUUACUGUCGGGAAGCUUCGGGAUUUGCUUGCUGUGCUGCUUCAAGAAGGAAUAUCCGGGGAUGAGUCCUGGGUUUUGUCUCUCGUCCACCAAGCUAGUCAGCGUGUUCCUCGCGACCUUAGCGACAGCUACCUGCUGCGUCGCGUGCGCUUUCUCGGCGAUCCACCUGGUCCGUCUGAUGGGCUUCGAGUGCAACCCUGCCCGCGUGCUGAACGCCACCUGCGUCUGCAGGCCCCGCGAGGACCUUCUAUCGAACACCACCGAGACAACCGUCAGGUACAUGGAUCUGAAUUGCCCGGAGGUGGAGAGCAUUCUGACCAUUCUUCUGAUAUUCUCGUGCACCUGCAACGCUCUGGGCGCGUUUAUCGCCGGUUGGUACACGUACCUGCACUGGAGCACCAGGAACAAAAGGCCCAAGUACAUGCAAGUCAGAACCGGCCCGAUCGCUGGUACCAGUUACCUGAACAGCCGACCGAUAUACAAUCCAAAUCUGAACGAACGAUGACAAU